AUGGCGCAGUUCGGACUGGAGAACGACAUCAGCAAUACACUAAAGUUGGACGUGCCCAUUACUAAUGCGCCAAUUGCUCGCUGGCAGAGGAAAGCUAGCGCGUCCAACGCAUCUGCGAUUGGCCUUUCCCCGGGGAAGUCCACCAACAUCUCCUUGAACGCUUCCAAGACUCCUGGUAAGACGCCGGCCAAAACACCAGGCAAGUGGCGAACAACCCCGUCAAAGAAAAUGGGAGAGGACCGCUUCAUUCCAAUCCGGAAUGAUAAACAAAUGGAAGUGGCGAGUUUCUUGCUCUCAAAGGCAAAUCGGCCCAAGGAAGAUGUUUCAGCAGCCACAUCUGACCAGAAGGAGCUUUCCCUAUUGCUGAACGGAUGCAAUCUGGAAGAGGCCCGUAUCCUGCAAUUUAGUGGGAAGCCAACAGUUAACCCAGAUGGCCAACACAACGCAAUGAAGUCCCUCUACAGUCACACAGUAACACCCAUGUCCAACAAAAAGACACGAUACAUCUAUUCAACGGUCGACAAAAUCUUAGACGCUCCCGCAGUUCAGAAUGAUUUUUAUUUGAAUCUGCUCGACUGGAACAGCCGUAAUGUUGUAGCGGUCGCGCUCCAAAACAGUGUGUACUUGUGGGAUGCCACUCGAGGAGAUGUCGUCCAUCUCAUGACUAUGGAAAAUGAUGCGGAUUAUGUCAGCUCCCUUUCUUGGACAAAAGAUGGCAGCUACCUGGCAGUUGGCACCAGUGACUGUGCAGUCCAACUGUGGGACGUGGAGCGAGAGAAAUGUCUUCGACAAGUAACCAGCCACUCUGCAAGAGUUUGCAGCCUAAGUUGGAAUAGCCAUAUUCUUUCCAGUGGCAGCCGGUCAGGUCAGAUACACCAUCAUGAUGUGAGGGUGGCAGAGCACCACAUCUUCACCCUGCGAGGCCACUCUCAGGAAGUGUGUGGACUGCAGUGGUCGCCUGAUGGCCACUACCUGGCCAGUGGCGGUAAUGACAACCUGGUGUGCAUCUGGCCCGGCGUAUCCCAGGCACCCCGGGCAGAUGUUGACCAGUCGCUACGUACACUUAGUCUCCACAAGGGGGCUGUCAAGGCUUUGGCUUGGUGUCCAUGGCAACCAGGCAUUCUGGCAUCAGGGGGUGGCACCACAGACUGUCAUAUCCGCAUCUGGAACGUCAACAGCGGCUCAUGCCUCAGUUCACUCGACACUCAAUCCCAGGUGUCAGCUCUUGCAUUUGCACCCAACUACAAGGAGCUGCUCUCUGCACAUGGUUUCUCGCACCAUAAUUUGGUAAUCUGGAAGUACCCAACCAUGACAAAAAUUGCAGAGCUCAACGGACACGAGGAGCGAGUUCUCAACAUCGCUAUGAGUCCGGACAACUCGACAGUGGCCAGCCUGGGAGCGGAUGAAACCAUCCGCAUAUGGAAGUGCUUUGAGGUGGACCCCAAGAAAAGACCCAAAAACAAGACACCCCGAUCUGCCUUCACUCAAUCCAUAAGAUAA